AUGUCAAAGUUUGCUGCACCGAUUCCGGGUAGGACAGACAACCAAGUGAAGAACUAUUGGAACACUCAUUUAAGCAAGAAGCUUGGUGUUAAGAAGAAAAAGAGCAAAGUUCGUGCCCUUCAUCCGAAAAUUGUCUAUAUUAUUGAUCCAAAGGAUAAUUGCAAUGACACAUGUACGAGGCAUUCAGGGUCAAUUGGUGAAGGCGAAAAUCUUGUCCAAGCAAACGUGAGUGAGGGUCUGAUAAACUUUCAAAGCAUGCAUGAAGAGAUUAUGGCAGAUGAUUUUGAAAGUACAUUUUGUUUGCUGAUAGUGAGCUUAAGCUAUGCACUACUCGUUACUUGA